CUGAGAGAACUGACUCGGACAAGCAGGAUAGCAACCCUACUUGCUUGGUCUUAUUUGUCAUUCCUGAGCUAACCGAUACAAUGGCUAUUUGUUUAUAUCUAUAUAUAGUUAAGCGCCGUUCUAUGCACUGUUUUCACGGAUCAUAUUAUCCGGAGGCAUCUACGACUAUGUGCUAUUUAAAUGGUGAGCUCCUGAAUAUAGCCUCAACGAGUGAUUGAACCGCUCCCCUGCAGCUGAAUAAUCUGGAACAAGAGAUUUGCGGCCUGAAAAACAGUCAUCAAUAUCGAAAAGAUUAAAAGAUAAGUAGUUGUAUAUGCUCAUUCAGAUAGAAAUUACUUCCACAGUGCAAAUCACGCCGAAUAAAUAGCAAUAUAGCUCAAGGUGUUUAGGGCUCAGCGUAAGAUACUAACAUUAUACUUGAGACUGAAGCCUCGUAACUGUGUUAAGCCAUGGAUGACAUGAAAUAUGAGUUGUCUGAUAUGGACAAAAUCGGCAUCACGAAGACGGUGAAAGUCUUAUUAUUCUAUGAGCUCCAACCCACCAUUGAUCCAGACAAAUUGAUCACUUCCCUGGCGGAAGGCGUAAAGAACGCGACCAGCCAACUACCCUUCAUGGCCGGGAACCUGGAGUUCAACGAGCAUGGCAAACUCUGCAUUGUGGUAUCACCGAGAAGCCAGGUCAAACUCAACAUUCGCCGGUUCGAGUCCAAGGAACAAAAGUCACUUUCUGCCCUAGUCCAAGACUCAUUCUCUCCAGAUAAUGUGGACUUCACUGAGUUUUUACCGGAGGAACCGACGGCCCCAAAGCAGGUCUGCGCACUUCAAAUAAGCCUUGUGAAGGGUGGUCUGGUUCUAGGAUUGUGGAUGAAUCACGCGGCUGGGGACUGGUCUUCGAUUGAUACAUUCGUGUCUCUUAUUUGUCAAAGCUGCAAGGCACAUCGGGAAGGGCUGAGUAUGCCUACCUACACCAUAAAUCUCAACAGAGCUCCAUACAAUGCGCCAGAGACCGGCUCAACCUUCUCCAGAGAGGAGCAUCUGGAAAAGCUCCCAAUGUUCUACGUCAUGGAGAAGAGUCAAUUCAAACUAAAGCCACCACCUGCCUUCCGAUCAAGCAUAUACAGAAUCUCUGAGCCAUCCAUCCAACAGCUCAAAGCGCGGUGCACCCCACAUCUGACCGAGGUAGACUAUAUAACCUCAUAUGACUGCAUAUCUGCCCUUACCUGGACGUCAAUUACACGUGCACGGCUCAACCUGCACCCAGAAAAAUCCUCCUCGCCAUCCCGCUUUGUCCACCCCAUUGAUGUCCGCACUCGCGAUCCAGAGAAGAAAACUUCUGAACGCUACUUUGGCAACGCCGUCGUCGGGUCCCAAGCAGGUCCUAUCACUGCCGAAGCCCUAGUAUCAGAUGGUGAUCGUGGUAUCGCAGCUGCAGCUACCCUAAUCCGUCAAUCUAUAAACUCCAUCAGCCUAUCCACAAUCAGCCACAUGACCUCUCUCAUGAAGUCACUCACUCCAGCGGAGACACUAGGCUCCCGAGCAGAUUUCAAUGACGUGGAUGUGUUCAUGAAUACAUGGUACUCGGGGAAUGCAGAAAGGUACGAUAUUGGGGAUGAUUCGAGACCUGUUGCAUUUCGAGUUCCUUCAAGCCUUCCCUCAGCUUGCGCGGUAAUCUUGCCGAAUCUUUCGAGCGGAGCAACGAGAGUCUUUGAGGUCUUUGUGCAGGUCGAGGUCGAGGAGCAUGAGAUACUAAGGAAGGACCCGGAGUUUUUAAAGUAUUUCGAGGUUGUUGUGUGACGGGAAGUGCUUAUUUGCCUGAUAGAAGGGCCUGUUCCAUCCUUAUGGUGGCAUAGCGUCUUCUAUUCUCGAUGUAAAUCGGAAUAUUAAGCAACAUUCUGAUGAAUGGACAUUGCAUUACGUAGUAGCUACUAGAAUAUGGUAUUCCAACGAAGCCCUUUUAGUAGCACAUAUCAGGAUCGCUCGUCUUACCCUAGUUAUUGUGGAUAUUUUCUCUCCUACUUGUACUAUGUAGGUGGGAAACACUGCACGAGGCUCGUGACCUCUGGAGCAGUCUCAGUACACUGAUCUCAUUCGGUCCCACCUGAUGUCAACCUAGACUAAACUCGCCUGUAUACCCACAAAGCUACCAGGGCCAGAUGAAGUGGUGCCGUGGGCUUCAAUCUACCAAGAUAGCAAAGCCUGUUGGGGGCUAUCUAGACGAAUCAUGAUUGGCCACUUCGUCUUGACAACAAUGAGGCUGUGCAAGCCACUACAAGUGCCACUACGACUGUGUAGAUGCUAGAUGGUAGCUACCGAUUUCGGUGAAACUCACGGAACAGAAUACACGC